AUGAGGCAAUACCUACCACUUUUUAAAAAUGGAUUCUUACCAAGAUACUCUUUCCCUAAUUACAAUAUUGUCACAACAGACUUUAAAGGUCAUCAAAUGAAGGCUAUGACUAGAUUCUUUAAAAUACUACCUCAGUUGAACUUCAUUUUAGAAUUAAGAGAUCUGCGAGCACCUUUAUCCACUAGAAACCCUCUUUUUGAUCAACUUUUACUUCAAGAUAAAAGCAGAAAAGUGAAAAAACUUGUAGUUUAUACAAAGAAGGACAUGAUGCUGUCUGGUAACAAUUCCAAUGAAAACCAAGAUAUAAUACAAAAAUUACAGAACUGGCAUGGGGCAAUAAAUGAAAUGUUUAUGGUGAUAAAUUGCAAUGAUAGACAAGAUGUUUCUAAUUUACUGAAAGUGAUCAAAUAUCAAAAGGAAUUAUUCGAAGAUCAAAAUGACUUACUGCCGAUGGGAUAUAAAGUUCUAGUUAGUGGGAUGCCGAAUGUUGGAAAAUCUACUUUGGUUAAUGCACUUCGUGGCAUAUCAGGAGCUACAAAUUCUCAGAAAAGAAAGAAUAAAGUAGCCAGAACAGGAGGUCAAGCUGGUGUCACUAGAUCAACAAGUGAGUUGAUAAGAAUUUCACCAGAUUCUGAGUCAUCUGCAAUUUACUUGAUUGAUUCACCUGGAAUCAGUCUGCCGGGUAGAAUGACGAAUUCCACGAAUAAAAUGCUACCACUAUCACUAUGUGGGUGUGUGAAAAGCAACCUUGUUGACCCUACAAUUAUCGCAGACUACCUGUUAUAUUUACUGAAUCUACAAACUUCUAAAGCAUUCGAAAGAUAUCCAGGUGAACUAGAGGAUCCAAGCAACGACAUAAAUGAAGUUCUAACAAGACUUGAUAAAAGUUCUUCAAGGAAAACUAGCAAAAAAACUAGAUACAGCAGAUUUAUUAUUGAUGGCGAGCCAGAUUAUAAUUCAAUAGCUGCAAUUUGGGUAAAUAAAUGGAGACAACAUCAAAAAGGUGAUGUUGGUGUAUUUUUUGAUCCUGAAAUUUUGUUAGAUACAACUGAAUUCAGUUACAAAGAUUACACGAGAAGAGAAACACAGAAAAUUCAAGAAUACUUUAAUAUUGGUGAUAAAAUGAAGAAGAAGCAUGCCAUGGCACCUACUAUACGAAACGUCGAUGAUUUAUUCUAA